AGUGCUGCACCUCCCGCUGCUAGUCCUUCCUUCACUGCUGCAGGCGUCUUGGUGCUAAGGAAAAGGGAAAGACACAGACUCUCUUCUCUUCAGAUCCGCAUACUGAUCCCCACUACCACCAGUGACUGGAUUGUUGGAUCUAAAUUAGGUGGCCCUGGUGACUGAAAUGGCAUCUGCUCUAAAGGUCCUGGGCCCUCUCUUGGCCCUGCUGUUCCCCCUAUGUGGGCUCUUUGUACACAGCAAGAACCUCUCCUGGAGGGAAUUCAUGAAACAGCACCACCUGAACACAAACUGGGAAUUCAGGAAGUACAAAUGCAACGAUCUUAUGAGGGAAAGAGAUGUUCCCAAAGACAAGAACUACCACAUCUUCAUCUAUACCUUAUGGCACAAAAUUGAGAACGUAUGCCGCAGGAACUGGAGAGGUCGCUACCGAAAUGUCUACAUAUGGUCCCAAUAUCCCUUCAAAACGCUGAAGUGCUACCGGGAGAAUAACAAAAAUAACUACAAAGAUUACAAGAGCUACAGCUACAUUGAAUUCCACUGUAGCAUGAAUGGUUAUGUUGAUAGUAUAGAGGACACGUGGCUGUUAGAGGAUGUCAGCAACUAAAAAUUCUACCCACGUCCGCAGCUUUGAGUGUUCAGUGCUUCCCAAGUGGUGUCCUCUGCCUCCCUCAAUAGCCCUUGCAUUUGUCUGCCAAUAUUUUCCAACUACUUAGAGUUAUGUUUUGUGGAGCCAGCUGGCGCUCUCGAAAGUUCAUAAAAACCCCCGCUCUUGGGUUCUCCAUGUUCCUGGAGCCGACUGACACCUUAACCCCCACUCCCAACUGCAGGACCCUUCGCAUACCUGCAUUUCAGCAGGAUAAAAACAUCUCCUCCUGAUACAUGUUUUUACCCUACGAAAACUAAGCACCCCAGGACAUAGCCCAUCUCCUGCCCUUAUCAGAGUUGUACAUCUUAUUAUUCAGAGUAGCUUCCGACAGAUCUCACAACCAGUCAGGUACCUGUGCAUGAAAUGAUCAUGCAGCCCCUACUCCUUGUGUUCACAGCCCCCUUCUCCCCAGUGAAAGACCCUGCACAUUCAGCCUCGGUGCUCACUCAGGCACCUCUCAUCUGUGUGGCCCGCUGUUGCCUGUAGCAGUAUAUCUACUCAACUUUCCCUUUGUUCUUAACGCCUCGUAGUCCUUGGUAAAUUCCUUUACUGCAAACGCACCAGCUCACCAGGUCCUCCAACAUGUUUCACUUUGUUUCUUGCUAUCAGAACUUUUCCUAUGUUA